AUUCUAUGCCAAACUAUUUCCGUACACACGUAAAGAACAAAUUAGUCGGUUUGGUUACUUCCCACAGAACUCAGGUAUGAUCUUGUCGGACCAAACCUAAACCAUCGAACAGCUGUGCUCUAAUGGAACCAAAGUGUCACGGCCAGUCGCAACAGCACCCAAAGAAAGGCAAAAGGAUCCAUCUCCAAGCCCAAAUCCCAAACGCUUCAGCUCAAUCAUCAUCCAACCCAAAAUCAACCUUUGCUUUCCCUCCACUUCCCCCAGAGAUUCUUUCAGAAAUCUUCUCAAGACUGCCUGUAAAGCCCCUCUUCAAACUCAGAUGCGUAUCGAAAGCAUGGCGCGAUAUAAUUUCCAGCUCCGAGUUUGUAAAAGUUCAUCUCAAGCUCUCGACUUCAAGAAAGGAUUAUGCUAACCACAAAAUUCUGAGCAGCUUCGCUGGAACUCAAUUUUCUCUGAAGCAAUGCUCCCUUCGAUCUGUAAUCUCAGAUCCGGUGACAGAGGCAUUCGAAGUCGAUUAUCCUAUGAAGUUCCCGCAUAGCUCGGUUUGGAUAAUUGGUUCUUUCAACGGACUGGUGUGCAUUGCCAUUGAAGAGAAAGAUUUGAUUAUUUGGAACCCGACUACUGGGAAAUUCAAGAAAUUGCCAGAUUCAGGGUUUGAGUUGAAACCCGGGUUCUAUUUCUUAUACGGGUUCGGGUACGACGAGUCGAGUGAUGAUUACAAGGUGGUUGGGAUUUUCUGUAUCUUUCAUGGAACUAAUUCAUGUGAGACUGAGGUGAUGUUGUAUAGUUUGAGCAGUGAUUCUUGGAGGAGAAUUGGGGAUUUCAAGGGCGGGGUUUUAUUGAACGAUGCUGGCAAGUAUGUAAAGGGGAAGAUCCAUUGGGCCGCCCGUUCUUCUUCUAGUCUUACUAGUAGCUGGGAAAUUGUUUAUCUGGACUUAUCCAAGGAAGUCUAUGGAAAAGUGAGUCAUCCAGAUUAUGGGGAAGGUUCAUAUGAUUUGACUUUGGGAGUUGUUUGUGGCGAUCUCUGUGUGCUUUGUCAGUAUGAGAAUGCUCACAUGGAUUUGUGGGUGAUGAAGGAAUAUGGAGUGGCUGAGUCUUGGACUAAGAUGGUCACUAUUCCACGUUUGGAUGAACCAAAGGAUAAAUCUUUUUGUUCUUCAUUGUGCAUAGCUGACACUGGUGAUGUUGUACUAUUGUGUGGAUCUACCAUUGUUGUUUAUGAUCCAAAAACUAAAGCACUUCGCUAUCCUGAGAUUGCCAACUUUGGUGAUAUUCUUGAAGCAGAAACCUAUGUAGAGAGCUUGGUUUCUCCGGUUUCUGAUAGGGAAACCCAACAAUAAAGAGAGCAAUGGUCUAACCAAAGGUACUUUAAUCUACGUGAUUUAUGGUUAAUUUUAAUUUACUACAUGGGGUGGGUUGAUGUUUUCUGUUGUCACAUUUGAUACACUAUUGGUUUCUUGGCUAUCCCAGCAAAAUUAAUUCAUGUCAUAUUGAUUGAAGCUCUGGCUGGUUCUAAGGAUGGAUUUCGCUAUCCAAAGUGCAGCAGAAAGAGUGGCUACAAUUUCCGAGUCCAUUGCGGGUUUUCUCAUCGCCCUCCAUCUUUGUGUGUGUGUUUUUAAAGGAAAACUCAAUAAGUAAAAAAGCUAUUAAUGUAUUUGUGGAUAAGGUAGGAUAUCUAGAUAUGCCACUGAAUGAUGUAGGCAGCCUUGGCACUUCCUAACUGUAUUAGUGUAUGGUGUUCUUCCCCUCUUAUGAAGGAUGGAUUCUUUGUUAAUUAAACUGGUGGCGUCCUUAUGAGAUGAUUUUUAACAGAACAUAUCUUAAACUGA